AGCGGCGGUCCCCGGAUGUCUGCGGGCCGGAUUAACCCCGGAAAUGCCGGGUGAAGCCGGUGGGAGCGGAGCUUUGCAGCAACCGCCAUCCGACCGGCCUCAUCAACCGACACUCGCAGCGGCGCCGAGCCCCAGCAGCAGGGGCAGGGCAGGGCGGCCGGCGCCCCGACCCGAUCCCCCGCUGCAGGGAUGUCGGCCGAGAUCAUCGAUAACCCGCAAGCGCUGCAUUUCGAGGAGAUCGACUACAAUGAGAUCGAUGUGGAGGAGGUUGUUGGGAGAGGAGCCUUUGGAGUUGUCUGCAAAGCAAAAUGGCGUGGAAAAGAUGUAGCAAUAAAGCAAAUAGAAAGUGAAUCGGAGAGGAAAGCAUUCAUUGUUGAGCUUCGACAGUUGUCCCGUGUAACGCACCCAAAUAUUGUGAAACUCUACGGAGCUUGUUUAAAUCCAGUAUGCCUUGUUAUGGAAUAUGCAGAGGGAGGCUCCCUUUAUAAUGUGCUUCAUGGAGCUGAACCCUUACCAUAUUACACUGCUGCCCAUGCAAUGAAUUGGUGUUUACAGUGUGCACAAGGAGUGGCAUACCUACAUGGCAUGAAACCCAAGGCUUUAAUCCACAGGGACCUCAAACCACCAAACUUGCUGCUGGUUGCUGGCGGGACAGUUCUGAAGAUCUGUGACUUUGGCACAGCCUGUGAUAUUCAAACUCACAUGACCAACAACAAGGGAAGUGCUGCCUGGAUGGCUCCAGAAGUUUUUGAAGGAAGUAAUUAUAGCGAAAAGUGUGAUGUCUUCAGCUGGGGCAUUAUUCUGUGGGAAGUAAUAACUCGCCGAAAACCUUUUGAUGAAAUUGGUGGUCCUGCAUUUCGCAUCAUGUGGGCUGUCCACAAUGGUACCCGACCGCCUCUAAUCAAAAAUCUACCCAAACCAAUUGAAAGCUUAAUGACCCGUUGUUGGUCUAAAGAUCCUGCCCAGCGUCCAUCAAUGGAGGAGAUAGUGAGGAUAAUGACUCAUUUAAUGAAGUAUUUCCCAGGAGCUGAUGAACCUCUUCAGUACCUGUGUCACUACUCCGAUGUGAGCCAGAGCAACUCAGCUACAAGCACAGGAUCUUUUUUGGAAAUUACCUCCACAAAUACCAGUAACAAAAGUGAUGCCAAUGCAGAACCUAGUGACUUGCACGCAAAUACUACCAACGACACAAUCAAGCGUUUAGAAUCAAAGCUUAAACUCACAUCCAAGCAAUCGGGUGACUCUGCAAGAUUAAAUCUGCCGCUGUCUCGAGGGAGCAGUGUGGAGAGCCUCUCUGGAGGACGGACACAAUCAGCUGCCGCUACUCUGGAAGGCAAAAGACUAAGUGCUGACCUCAGCAAUUAUUCAGAAUUGGAAGCCAGAAUCAUGAAUGCGACAACAGCCCGUCCAAAACCAAAACGAGGCCACCGUAAAACUGCUUCAUUUGGUAACAUACUGGAUGUUCCGCAGAUCGUCGUAUCAGUAGGCAGUGAACAACAAAGGCGCAGGUCGAUUCAGGAUUUGACAAUUAUCGGAACUGAAUCUAAUCAGGGCAGCAGAAAUAGCAGCCGUUCCUCUAGUCCAAGUGUAAGGAUGAUCACAGCCACAGGAACUGAGAAAACGACUCGCAACUAUGCAUGGACACCAGAUGAAUUAACAGAUACAAAUGGUUCUGAUAACUCUAUCCCAAUGGCAUAUCUUACACUGGAUCACCAGUUACAGCCACUAGCUCCAUGUCCAAACUCCAAAGAAUCCAUGUCUGUAUUUGAGCAACAUUGCAAAAUGGCUCAGGAAUACCUGAAAGUUCAGACUGAAAUAGCAUUGUUACUACAGAGAAAACAAGAAUUAAUAGCCGAACUGGACCAGGAUGAAAAAGAUCAACAGAAUACCUCCCGACUGGUUCAAGAACAUAAGAAACUCUUGGAAGAAAACAAAAGUUUAUCUACAUACUAUCAAGAAUGUAAGAAACGACUAGAAUACAUAAGAGCCCAGCAGCAGAAGCGGCAGGGCACAUCCUGAGGGAAUGGAUUGCGUGGGCCCUUGUCUCUAUGCUACGUGCCCGAGACUAUUGCUCAGUCACAUGAAGACUGAUUUUAUUGGAAGAUGACCUGUUUGGAUAACUUAACUCAGUGUUCGGGCCUCUCUGUUGUGUUCUGGAAGUGGAUUUCUGUGCAUCUCCAUGCAGCCUUGUACAUCAGACAAGCGUUGUCUUUAGUUGAUUUUUUUAAUAGGUUAGUAUUUAAUUUCAUUCCAUGCAUAUUUUAGUUCAAUCACCAAUUAGAUUUGAGAGAUGUUUUUGAUGAAAUUGUGGCAAUAAAUUAUUUGUAAGAAACAGCAAUUCAGUUAAGAUGUUACAAGAAGGGAAAGGAAUAUCUAAACCAAAACAACCCGAUUGUUAGGCCCCACUGAUCAUUCUUACCUAUCUUGGACUUAAUUGCUCACAAUGCUGGAUGCUAAUGUGCCUUGGAGGCAAGCAGUAUUUUCCUUUGGUCACCAGAUGUUACCUAUGAUAGCCUUUUUGAGACAGAUCUGCAGCAACUGUAGCUGUCCAGAGCUCUAUGCUAAUUUUUUAAAAAAGAAUCUGGCUGGAUAUUUUGGAAAGUUCUGGAAGUAUCCAGCAGUAUUAAUCUCUGAGGUGUUUGUAAUGUAAAAUCAAAUAGAGUGCAUUCAGCAAAGCUGUUCCAAACACAUAUUGCACAGUUCCUCCUGUAGAAGGAGAAACAAUUUAUUUAUAAAAGAAACAAAAGUUUUUUUAUAAACUGAAAACAGCAGCAUCUUGAUAGCUGUCUUCAAUACUACUCCACAGCGGUAAUUUUCUGAUGUGUUAUACAACCUUAAGUUUUAAAUCUUAUAUAUUACCUUGGGUAACUGUUAUUUUAAAAGCUGAAUCAGAAAUCAGUAAAUACUUGAAGUAUAUGGGAUGAUCCGGCAUACAGGGAACGGUACUCACAAUGCAUUCAGCGUACUAACUUCAUGUGAUGCGUUUCCUGGGAAUACUGGAUCACAGAACCAUCCUUGUAUGUUUUUUCCCCUUGAUCUAAAACUUCCCUGCAAAAGAAUUCCAGAAUUGUUCAAGGGAUGAUUACAGAUCUGUAGAAACAGUAAAGUACAUUACUCUAAAUCUUCUUAAAUGAUCAUGUAUAAUUUGUCACCCCACAAUAAUGGAUUUUAAUGGAGUGGUAUUCCUUUUUCAGUUAUCUGGUUUGAAAGUAUGUCGGUAACAUACUUGAUUGAAGGCAAAAAGUUGGAUAAAUUGCACUUUAUUUUUUUUUAUUAGCAUGGAGCAUGGACAUGCUUCUGAAAGUCAUGCAGCCGGGCCAGGUGGAGUUAUAACAGUACUGUAAUUGUUUACAUUCUCUGAAUUAGCAUUGGCAGAGGACCCACAAAGGAUUUGUUAAUGUGACAUAAGUGAAAUGUCAGUUGCUUUUGGUAGUUGCAGCCUGAGCAGAACCUUGCCAUUAGCUGCUCAGCCACAAUUGCUCAUUCUUACGGGAGGUAGGUCAUUAUAAAUCUGCAAGUUACAACCACAGUUUCAAAGCAAGUAUUUUUGUUAGAGAUGGUAUCCUUUUUGAAGGAUGUAUAUAAGCUGGAUUAAAACAAUCAGAUAAGAACUCCUCUGAGCAGCUUGUCUUACUUGUUUGGGUGGAAAGAAAGUCGGCGUUGUUCUGUUUAAGUGUAUUCAUUCAUUCAGUUAUAGUCAGCUGUCGUGUUCAACAGUUAAGUAAAACUUUAAGCCAUUGCACCUUCAGAGGACUUCAGAAGUGUUAUCUGCAUCAAGAUAUUGGGAUUAGUUUUCCUUUUCAGUUAUUCCAAUAUGCUGUGAUCAAACAAAACUCUAUAUUUCACUUUAUUUUCCUUAAUGCAAGAAAUUAGUAUUUGCAAAUUUUAUAUGGAAAAAAAUCUUCAACAACUUCUGUAAAACAACAGCUGUAUAUACAUGUAUAUUUAUUUGAAAGACUGGCUUAUUUUGAAUGGUAUUUUUUUAGGUCAAACAAUUUUUUUUUGCCCUGGUUGGGAUAAAUUGUGAUAUUCAUUA